CGUCUGUUCCCGACUGGGUCCAUUCCUUCUUUGCAUUCUAUGUGAAGUUAUUUCCAGCCCUAGACCACCCACUUCCCCAGGGUGUGGUAUCCUUCAGGCUGUUCUGUCUCUGGGGAGUGACCCUCAGAUUCCUCACCCUAGCCCCUGUGAAUCUAUUCCCACCUGGCUGUGUGACGUGUGGUUGUGCCCACCUUCCUAGUCGCGAAGACCUGCUACUGAAGACAAACACUGGACAAGCCUGGUCCAGCCCACUGGCUGGACUUGAACUCUGCAUAGCCAAUGGUGACUUUGAUGCCCGAGCCUCCUGUUUCCACCUCCUGAAUACUGGGAUUGUAGGGUUCCAAGAGUGGACUGAAGCCCUAGCAGGACCAUGAGCGAGGACACGGUCCCUGAGGCGGCCUCACCGCCACCCUCUCAAGGGCAGCACUACUUUGACCGGUUUUCUGAGGAUGACCCUGAAUACCUGCGCCUUCGCAACCGUGCGGCUGACCUGCGGCAGGACUUCAACCUGAUGGAGCAGAAGAAGAGGGUCACCAUGAUCCUGCAGAGCCCUUCUUUCAGGGAGGAGCUGGAAGGUCUCAUCCAGGAGCAGAUGAAGAAAGGAAACAAUUCCUCCAACAUCUGGGCGCUACGGCAGAUCGCGGACUUCAUGGCCAGCACCUCCCACGCAGUCUUCCCAGCUUCUUCCAUGAACUUCUCCAUGAUGACACCCAUCAAUGACCUCCACACUGCUGACUCCCUGAACCUGGCCAAGGGGGAGAGGCUUAUGCGGUGCAAGAUCACCAGUGUCUACCGCCUCCUGGAUCUUUAUGGCUGGGCGCAGCUCAGCGACACCUACGUCACGAUGAGAGUGAGCAAGGAGCAGGACCACUUCCUGAUCAGCCCCAAGGGAGUCUCCUGCAGUGAGGUCACUGCAUCUAGCCUGAUCAAGGUGAACAUUCUGGGAGAGGUAGUGGAGAAGGGCAGCAGUUGCUUCCCAGUGGACACCACGGGCUUCAGUCUGCACUCAGCCAUCUAUGCCGCCAGGCCCGAUGUACGGUGUGCCAUCCACCUGCACACGCCUGCCACAGCUGCGGUGUCAGCUAUGAAGUGUGGCCUCCUGCCUGUCUCCCAUAAUUCCCUGCUGGUGGGGGACAUGGCCUACUAUGACUUCAAUGGAGAAAUGGAGCAGGAAGCGGAUCGAAUCAACUUGCAGAAGUGCCUUGGACCCACCUGCAAGAUCCUGGUGCUGAGAAACCAUGGCAUGGUCGCUCUGGGUGACACCGUGGAGGAGGCUUUCUAUAAGGUCUUCCACCUGCAGGCUGCAUGUGAAGUACAGGUGUCAGCUCUGUCCAGCGCUGGAGGAACUGAGAACCUUAUCCUCCUGGAGCAAGAGAAACACCGGCCACAUGAGGUGGGCUCUGUGCAAUGGGCAGGCAGCACCUUCGGGCCCAUGCAGAAGAGCCGGCUGGGAGAGCAUGAAUUUGAAGCCCUCAUGAGGAUGCUGGACAACUUAGGUUACAGAACAGGCUACACAUACCGCCACCCCUUUGUCCAAGAGAAAACCAAACACAAAAGCGAAGUGGAGAUCCCAGCCACAGUCACUGCCUUUGUGUUUGAAGAGGACGGCGCCCCGGUCCCUGCCCUACGUCAGCAUGCGCAGAAGCAACAGAAGGAAAAGACCCGCUGGCUUAACACGCCCAACACCUACCUGCGGGUGAACGUGGCCGAUGAAGUACAGAGGAACAUGGGCAGUCCCAGGCCCAAGACCACGUGGAUGAAAGCUGACGAAGUGGAAAAGCCCAGCAGUGGUAUGCCCAUACGGAUCGAAAACCCAAACCAAUUUGUGCCUCUCUACACUGACCCCCAAGAAGUGCUGGACAUGAGGAACAAAAUUCGAGAGCAAAAUCGACAAGACAUAAAGUCUGCAGGGCCUCAGUCCCAGCUCUUGGCCAGUGUCAUCGCCGAGAAGAGCCGGAGCCCGUCUACAGAGAGCCAGCUGGUGUCCAAGGGUGAUGCAGAUGCCAAAGACGAAUCAGAGGAGACGGUGCCCAACCCCUUCAGCCAACUCACCGACCAGGAGCUGGAGGAAUACAAGAAGGAGGUGGAAAGGAAGAAACGAGAGCAGGAACAGGAAGGGGAGAAGGACACAGCCACAGAAGAGCCUGGCUCACCUGUAAAGUCCACACCUGUGUCUCCAGUGCAGAGCCCGACGAAAGCAGGGACCAAGAGCCCAGCCGUUUCUCCUUCCAAGGCUUCAGAGGAUGCCAAGAAGACAGAAGACAGUGAAGCCACCACAGAGCCUGAGCCAGCGAAACCGGAAGGGGUGGUGAUGAAUGGGAAAGAGGAGGAGCCAAGUGCAGAAGAGGCCCUCAGCAAAGGACUGGGCCAGAUGACCACCAAUGCUGACACUGAUGGUGACAGCUACAAGGACAAAACCGAGUCAGUUACCAGUGGCCCCUUGUCCCCAGAGGGCUCGCCCUCCAAGUCACCCUCCAAAAAGAAAAAGAAAUUCCGAACCCCCUCCUUCCUGAAGAAGAGCAAGAAGAAGGAGAAGGUGGAAUCCUGAUUGGUGGCUCCUGCUACAUCCCUGCCCUCCUUCCCUGCCCUUCUCCCAACUCUGCCCCUGGAGCACAGGGCCAAUGAGGGAUCGAGAAGGACCUCGGAUCACACUCAGAGGGGGGCUUAGAGCCAGCCUUCCCAGAGCAACCAGGUGUCUUGCCCACAGUCACAGUUAGUUGGUGGCAGGGCCUGCCCUAGAUUUGAGCUUCCUGACUCCUAUGGUCAUGCUCUGUUCUCUGUUCAACACUGCCUAGUCCUGGGCUGCUCUGUUAGCACACUACCUGCCAGCCUGAGCCCAGGGCAGGAAGGCCAAGUGCCAGGCAUGGUCACAAAUGCUCACAGGCCAAGACUUCCUCUGAGUAAGGUCCAUCUCUUCCCAGGAAUCCUGCCUCUUGCUAAUGGAGCUGUCUCCACAGCAAGAAGCCAUGCUUCUCUCUUCCAUUUUGGGUCCCUUCUCCUCCUGUUUAAAGUAACCAGGCAAACUGACAUGCUCCCCUCCCCCCAAUAGAAGUUAAUCUUUGAUCCCCAGGCUGAUGGCUUAGCUUGUACUUUCUCAAACACUAAUCCUGAGCUUUUGACAUGGAACCCAUUGAGUGAUGGAUGGAAGAACCCUAAGAACCGACAGAUAGAGGGCAAGCCAAGUCAGCUUAAUGAGUGGGCAGGGACCAUAAGUCUAAGAGCCUAGGAUCCUGGCCUGUCUGUAGUGUGCAUCACACAAGCUGCAAAGUUAAACCCGACUGUAGCAAAAGAAAAGGUCUCCUGCUCAGGGUGGAAAUUUGAGGGAUCUAAAUCUGGGCUGGAGCUGAGUUAUGGGAGGAGGACCAAAUGCCACUUUGACUUUCCAUGGUAUGCAGGGCUGCACCUGACUCACUCUUGCCUGGCAGGCAGGUGUCCCUUCCCACAUACCCAGGAGCCCUUGCCCAUAGACCGGAGCAUCUUACUCUUGGCACCUUGACCUUGGCUCUUUGGGCAUCAACUCUGAGUCACAGAAGGUCCAGCAGAGUACAGUCAGAAAUGAGUCUUUCUGAGUUAAUUCUCCAUCACCAGCUUUCAGAGACAUGUCUGGCAUCCCCAACCCCAUCACUCUCUUGCUUCCCAGACUUGGUGAUAGGCACAGCUGUUAUGCUAAAUGCCCACACUUUUCCCUUAUCCUCCAAAGGAAUAGUGUUGGCUAAUGAACACUUCUGGCUCCAAGACAAUCCAUCUUCCCUAAAACACAGUGUCUUCAAAGAGCAUUUCUCUUCUUUGUCCAGGUUAAUGUAAAGGUAUUUUUGAAAUUUC